AUCCCCGUUAAACAGCUGUUGGUCGUACAGUGUUCUCUUUGCAUUGUUAUUUAACUUUUAAUUCAGAAUACAAUUUCCUUGCCGGUUUUUUUUAUCAAUGGGUCUAUUUACAAAAGUUGAAGCUAAAGCAGAAACGGAACCUUUGGCUGAUGUUGCCAAAGAAUCAGCGUCUAACUCUGAGCAAGUAGAUGGAAAUGGCGACACAAACAAAAGCAAAACAAAAGAAUGGGGUUAUGAUUUGUAUCCAGAACGAAGGGGUGAAACAUUUAAGCCAAAGUGGUCGAAGAUACUUUUGGGUAUGGAGGGCCGUGAAAAUAUCGACAAGGUAAAGUGUGAACGCAACGUUUACUGGUGUGUUAAAAACAGUCCUUUGGUCAAACUUAUGAUGGGAGCACUUCGCAGUUCGGGCUGUCCAAUCGAUCUUCGUCGUCAUAUAUCCUGUGAAGUAUGUGAUACGACCGUAACUGGCGGUUAUGAUCCAGUCUUGAAUCAAAUUGUUGUAUGCCAAAACAUGGCACGCAAUGAAGGCAUGGUUCAAGGUGUACUUACACAUGAAAUGAUACAUAUGUUCGAUUACUGCAAUAACGAUUUGGAUUUUCGGAAUAUCGACCAUUUAGCGUGCACUGAAAUAAGGGCCGCGAAUUUGGCACAUUGCUCAUUCCUCAGCGCAAUGAUGCAAGGUGACGCUUCCAUAUUUGACAUAAAGAAAGCUCAUCAGAAUUGUGUAAAAACAAAAGCUUUGCAAUCUGUUUUGGCGGUUCGUAAUGUAACCAAACUGGAAGCAAUUGAAGCGGUUGAACGUGUAUUUCCAAAAUGCUACGCCGACUUGGAACCAAUCGGUCGGCGUAUACGAAGGAAUUCACCUGAUCAACAUAGAGCCUACAUGGAGGGUCCGAUGUACGGCUAUGAUAUUUGACAGGCUCUGACGAUGAACCUGACUCAGAGGAGGUAGAGACGGUCGACGUAACAACGGAAGCUGAUGCUGAAAUUUUAACCUGAAUUAGCAAUAUAAGCAAAUUUAUAUUUUAAUUUUUAUUAGUUGGCAAUAUAAAAGUUCUUGUUAUGUAUUAUUAUAUAAAUAUUUAAUAUGUAAAUAUUUCAAAAUCCUUGUUUACAACUUGAAAAAUAAAGGAUGGAUUGAUUACUUCAGCACCCAUUGGAA